AUGGCGACCGAUCAAGCGACUCCGGUGGCGUCGUCGUAUGAACACUGGAACAACGUCGUGGGCGGUGCUGAGAACGUGGAGCCAGACGCGCCCCCGCUGGCCGUGGACUCCACGCAGCUACCGAAGCGGCGAGCGCGUCGUCGCGGUUUUCGUAUGCGUGGCGGAGACGAAAAGCCACAAGGAGCGGCUGCUCUGCGCAGUGAGCAUGCAGGAUCUAUCGGCUCCGCCGCGCAGCUGCAACACGAUCGCGGCGGGAAGCUGGAGGCGCCACUGUUCAGCGCCUUGUUCCUGCUCACGAGCCUGCUCUUCCUGGUGUCGCUCCUCAGCCUCUACUAUUCCAUCGCCUUCAGUCAUCUUCGGCGAUGGUUGAGGCUCACUGAGGAGUACGACGACUGUCGAACGAAGUUCUGCUGCAUCUUCAGUGCCCGUGUGAAAAGUGUGCGCAACGAAUCCACCAAUCUCUGCGAGGACAUCUACACGCCCUUGUGUUCCACCGUGAAUGUUACUUGCCCGGACGCCGAGAUUACAACCCGGCACCAUCCGUGGAGCGUGUCGCUGGUGCUGACCAAACGGCUUCUAGGACUGGCUGAGGUUCUGCGUUCGCCAGAAGCGCUGAAGAAUCCGGCAAGCAACGCUUCCGCGUUCCUCUUUCGCUCCUGCCUUGCCAGAGGUCAGCGCCUUUCUGUGCAUAACGACGUGCGACGGCUCUUGUCUUCCGUCGGCCUGUCCAGUUGGCCCCUGUGGGAGAACCAGUCGGCCGACGUGGCCUUCGCGCUCACGGCGCUUCUGCGAGACUUCGCCGCACCUUUCGUCGUGACGCUAUCCGUCGGGAACUCAAUCAUGAACUCUGACGCACUGAGCAUUUAUCUGGACGCGCCGGAGCUGUUACUCGGUCCAACGUCAUGGCAGCUGACUAUUACCACCGACGAGACCGACCACGAUGCCAAGGAGAAUCAGCAGCAUGUGUACGAGAAAUACGCACUGGCCAUCUUGUACGAAGUGCUGCCGGAUGACGCUAGCAGUGGCGCGCUGUCUCGACUCGCCACGGAGCUCUACGCCUUCGAGCAGGCCCUGACUGCCCACAUUCCCCGCGGCUCGACUUACGUCGAUCGCGUAGUGGUGCGCCUGGCUCACCUACAAGACAGCUACGAUCUGGUCCGUGGUGCUGGCCAACUACCUCGGGUGGCGCCUGGUCGAGUACGUCGCUUGGUCCUGUUCAGCAUCACUGCGCGACCAUCGACGCCGGUUUCGCGAUUCGGUUCGCCCGUUCAAGCUCACCACAGAGACUGCGGAAUUGCGGUGCGUCGUCGAGGUUUACCAGCUGCUUCCAGCGUCGAGCAGCCGUCUCUACAGGUUCGCAGUGUCGCUGCUACCCAAGAGCCAGCGGACGCUUUUGAAGCUCACGGUGUCGUCGCUCAAGAUGGCUAUGACAGCUAUCUUGCAGGGUUCGCCGUGGGUGGACCAGGCAACUCAGGUGCACGCCAUCCGCAAGGUUCAAAGCAUGAAUGUGUCCUUUGGUGACGGGAUACUCCCAGCUGCAGAGCGAUUUACCUCAGGCCAGAGUCUCUGGGAGACGGACUUGUACGAAAACCUGCUGACGAUUGCCCGGAGGAAAGCACAGGCGCUGCGAGCCACGAUGCAG